AAAAAAAGAAUAGAAAUGGGAGUUUUUUUAGCUCCAAAAUGUAAUUUCAACAGCUUUCUCACAGAUUCAGACAAAAAUCCCAUAAUAAUUCCAACAGACUACUGCAGACCACUGAUCUUCAUCGCCUCUUCAUCUGAUCGCUACUCAUCACUACUACUUAUUAAACCAACCAAAUCUCCAAACCCCACACACUUUCUCUCACUACAAACCAAGAAGAAACUAAAAAUGGCAGAAGCAGAAGACGAAGCAAAACCCACGAGGCUAGUGAUCUGCGUCGGCGAUAUCCACGGCUACAUCACAAAGCUCCGAAAUUUAUGGACCAACCUCGAAACCGCCGUCGGCCCAUCUGAUUUCCGAUCGGCCCUCGUCGUUUUCUUGGGCGAUUACUGCGACCGUGGGCCCCGCACCGACGAAGUGAUCGACUUCUUGAUCUCUCUGCCCUCGAAGUACCCCGACCAAUCUCACGUGUUCCUCUGCGGCAACCAUGAUCUGGCGUUCGCCGCAUUCUUGGGGGUUCUACCAACACCAUCGGACGGCUCAGAUUUGUCCGACACGUGGAGGGAGUACGCGAUGAAUGAGGAGAGAGAAGGGUGGUAUAAGGGUUUGGGGUAUGAGGGUAUGCAUUUGCAGGGGAGGAGGUGGGCUGGUAGAAUGAGUGGAUUCAAUCAUGCCAAGAAUACCGAGUACAAGGGCUCGAUUUACGAUGCCGGUCCCACUUUCGAAGCCUAUGGGGUCCCACAUGGCUCUCCCGAUUUGAUGAAAGCAGUUCCUGAGGAGCACAAGAAAUUUCUCCGAGAUUUGGUUUGGGUACAUGAAGAGGAUGAUGUCAGCAUAGAAAUGAAAGAGGGAUUGCAAAAAUGUAAAAUGAUUGCUGUGCAUGCCGGUUUGGAGAAAGAUAAAGGGGUUGAAGAGCAACUGAAUUAUCUGAAAAACAAAGACACGAGGAUUUCUAAGGUCGAACCUCUCAGCGGAAGAAAAAACGUUUGGAACAUACCCGAGGAAUUGGCUAAAACUCCAACGAUUGUGGUGAGUGGUCACCAUGGAAAGGUACACGUCGGAGAGUUGAGAUUGAUAAUCGAUCGAGGCGGUGGCCUUGAGAGUAAUCCAGUGGCUGCAAUUGUUCUUCCAUCGAAGAAAAUGGUGCUUGAUACUGAUGAAUUUGCAACUUAGUUUAGAAAAUGUUUUCAAAGCCUAUUGUAACUUUUAGCUGAUGAAAUUCCCUUUUCGUUUAUUUUCUCUUGCGUAAGCCUGCGGUAAUGCAUUCUUCUAUUUCUUUAAAAUCAAUCAAGAGUCGAGUUUGACGCAGUUGU